AUGAUUUGGCCAAUGUUUUUGCUAACAAUCCUUUUGGUUUUUUAUGGUGUGGCUUCGGAAGAGCCCAAAAAGUACGGUAUCUUUUUUGAAAACUGAAAACUGAAAAUUUGAACUAAUUUUAAAAAUUUUCAGACAAGAAGCCGUCAAAGAUUUGGGUCUUGAAUUCAAACUAAAAUUGGAUAAAGAGUGGAGAGAAAAUCCAGAAUAUGCCAAAAAAUUCCCGGAUAUCACGACUAUCAAAGAAGACUUCUUCGAGCGCUUCAAGUUUGCACAAGGUCUGAGAACAACAACUCCUAAACCUGAUUGUGAAUCGAGUAACAAGGUGGAAUAUGGUGUCUCGUGGUAG